AUGGAGCAGGCGACGGGACCAAAGUGGAUAUUUGCAGGCGAAAGUGAGACGAUGGCAGCGCAAGAGGGCAAUGGAGUAAACGGGGACCUGGACGGCGGCAUGCAGAAGACGUUCAACCCCGUCAAGCCGCUGGACUUCAACGUGAAUUUGGCGGUUUACCGGGGCAAGGCGGGGCUCGGGGAGAGCCCUGAGCUGGCGGCGCGGCGGGGCAAAAGCUCAGGGUCGGAGGAGGAGACAGAUAGCGAGGCGAGCGGGAGCUCCAGCCGGGGGCGGGGGAGUGCAGACACGUCUAGUCUGGAGCCCCCGAAGGUGGACCGGUCGUUGACGCCUUGGCGGCUGAAGUCGUCGCCGGAGUCGAGCGGGCGGCGGCCCAAGCACAUGUCGGCGUCGUUCAUGAGCGCGCCGCUGCCGAGCCUGCCGUACGAGUACGUGUCGCCGCGGAAGCCGGUGAGCCCGGUGCUGCUGAGCAACGGCGACGCGCUGAGUUCAGGGAGUACGGCGGUGUCGACGACGGCAGAAAUCGAGCACCUGCGGCGACAGCUCACGACGUACAAGAUCAAGGUGAAGGCAUUGACGGAACUGAUAAAACAGUCGAACUACCAUGAAGAGGGCGACGCGCAGCCCAAUCGGCACCUCUACAGUCGGCUUCUUGCGGUUCUUCGAGAAAACGAUGGCGGCCGCAUGGAGGACCUCAAGGCUGCCAACGCGGAACUAGCUGAGAGUUUGGAAGAUAAGAACAAGGAGCUCAUCAAGCUCAAAGAGGAAUUGGUUUCCAACAAGCAGGACUAUGAGACCAUGUUGGAGGAGGUGAACACUUACAUGGAACACUCGGAAUCCAUCACCGAAAGCAUCAACUCCAUGCUAGCGUUGUUGCUGGCCAGCAUCGACCUUUCAGAAGAGGAAAAAAGGUCCCUGGAGAAAGCGUGCAGCCUAGGCGCAAGCUAUUUAGAUCUCAAGAUAAACAUAUUGUCCAAGACAUUGACAAAAAUGAUAGAGCAGCAUAAGGCGUCCACCACAGUCAUGGAGGCCACCGAUGCGACAGUCGUGAAGCAGGAGCUGCCUGCGCCUCUGGAGCUGGACGAGCACACAGAGGUUGCAGCCAAGGAUAUGAUUGGCUUUAAUUCUGAAAUGACCCCCGAGAUGGACACACAAUUAGAAAUUGCAAUUGAGUCUAUGCACAAGGAAUACCACACUUUCCUUCAGUCUAUCCAAGCGAAAAUGGCAGAUAACGACCAUCUGGGUGAACUUAUAGGAACGAAGCUGACAAAGCAAAAACAGCUAUUGAAUAAACUGGCCAGAAGUGUGACGGAUGCUGAAUCUUUUAAUGGAGCCACCCUGCCGGGUGCGAAGGGUGACCCUUAUCUGACUGCUCUGGAUGAUCUCACAACACGUGCAAGCAGAGAUCUUUCGAGGUCUUACCAGGAUCAUAUCGAGGCGCUUAAGAAUAUGCUGGACAGAUACAAAUCUGAACUCCAUGACAAGGAUCAGGAACUUGACGAGCUAAAAGAUCGCCUCAGACGUGCUCAAAAACAUGACGCUUCGGACGAUAUAGAACGCCAACUAAAGGACCAGGAAAUAAAGCACCAGGAACGCAUUGCACAGCUUGAAACUAAAAUUUCUGAGCUUAAAGCGGACUUGAAAGUGGCUAGCGCUGACAAGAAAUCACUACAGCAGCGAAUUGUACAACUAAAUAAUAAUUUAAAGUCUGAACUGGAAGCGAAGGCGGAAGAAAUUGAAGCCGUAAGGAAGUCGCUGAAUUUGGCCCAGCGCAAGUCCUCCAUGUAUCUGGACGAAAACCAUACACUACAGCAGAAAUUACAUGAAUUGGAAGAAGAGCAUACAGCGAUCAUGACCGAAAAUUACCGACUAAAGCAAAAGCUCUCUAACCUUAAACAUGGCUACGACUCUAAUGAAUUUGAAUUGGCGAACAAUAGGAUUAAAUCACGCAUGAUAGAUCACCUGCGGAAGAUGUUUGGUAUAUUUGAGAGUAUCCUUCAACAGGACUCCAUUGACCAAGCUAUGAAGAAAUUGGACAGCAUCGAUAAGGGGUACACAUUAUCAAACAGCAGAAGAAACCAGCUGAAAUUGGAUUCUAUUUAUAUGUUCAUCCAAAAUGCCACAUCAUCAAUAGUGGAGGAACAUGUAAAGCUGCUGUUAAAGGAAAAGGACAGAAGAAUCAAACGUCUAUCCCAGGUGUCGCAGGGCUCGGAUGAAUCAGAUACAUUUGAUCAGCAUUCAAAAUUAAUGAUAGAAGAGCUGACGCGGAAAUGGUACACAGAACGCGAACGUAGGAAAUUAGAAUCAGACGCAGCCGUGGAUAGAAUUCGUUCACUUGAAGAAGAAAAUGUACAGCUUCGCGAAAGAUUAAGGAGAGUAGACAUGCUUUAA